GUAUCUAGAAUAACAUCCAUUCGUGUAAUGAUUGCUCUUGCUGCCUUGAACAAUCUCGUGGUACACCAAAUGGAUGUUAAGACUGCUUUUUUGAACGGUGAUCUGGAUGAAGAAAUCUAUAUGGAACAACCAGAAGGGUUUGUUAUCCCCGAACAUGCCUCGAAAGUCUGUAAGUUAGACAAAUCAUUAUAUGGUUUGAAACAGGCUCCAAAACAGUGGCAUGAGAAGUUUGACACUCUCGUUCUCUCACAUGGCUUUAAGGUGAAUGAAAGUGACAAGUGUAUUUACCGCAAGUCAGAAAAUAACACUUGUACUAUCAUAUGUUUGUAUGUAGAUGACAUGUUGAUAUUUGGUACAAAUAUUCACGUGGUCAAUGAAGCAAAAGCCAUGUUGAAAGAGAGCUUUGAAGUGAAAGAUCUGGGAGAAGCAAAGUUUAUGCUUGGAAUCCAGAUAACUAGAACAACAAAUGGUUAUUCUCUAGAUCAAUCUAGCUACAUAGAGAAGAUCUUGAAGAAAUAUAACUAUUUCGACUGUAAACCUGCGUGUACUCCGUAUGAUGCUAGUGUAAAGCUAUUUAAGAACACUAGAGACAGUGUAAGACAAUCAGAAUAUGCUAGCAUCAUUGGCAGUCUCCGUUAUGCUGCAGAUUACACUCGACCAGACAUUGAAUAUGUCGUGAGAUUGCUUGGCAGGUUUAACAGCUGUCCUAGUAGAGAGCAUUGGAAUGCUAUAGAGAGGGUCAUGAGAUACCUCAAGAGAACAGCAAACCUUGGUAUACACUAUCAAAGGUUUCCUGCUGUACUAGAAGGGUAUAGUGAUGCGGAUUGGAAUACCCUAUCAGAUGACUCCAAGGCAACCAGCGGGUAUGUUUUCAACAUCGCUGGUGGAGCUGUGUCUUGGAAGUCAAAGAAACAAACAAUCCUAGCUCAAUCAACUAUGGAAUCAGAGAUGAUAGCAUUAGCAACGGCUAGUGAAGAAGCAAGUUGGUUGAGAGGAUUGUUGUCAGAGAUUCCCCUAUGGGAAAGGCCGGUCCCUCCGGUAUUGAUCCAUUGUGAUAGUACCGCAGCUAUCGCUAAAGUUGAGAACCGGUUCUAUAACGGAAAGAAAGACAGAUUCGUCGUAAGCACAGUACUGUAAGAGAAAUCCUAACGAUAGGAGCAGUGAGGGUGGAUCAUAUAAGAUCCGAACAGAAUCUAGCAUAUCCUUUGACGAAAGGAUUACCUAGAGAGAAAGUCCAAAAUACCGCCAAGGGUAUGGGACUUAUGCCAACCGAACCACGGACUACAAGUGAUGGUAACCCGACCCAAUAGACUGGAGAUCCCAAGAAAUGGGUUCAAUGGGUAAUAACAAGUCAUGAGUAGUAUGCGAAAAGUUCAUGCAUAGUGAAGCAUGAAUCCCAAAGCAAUGGAGGUUGAGUUAAUAACUCUUAAUGAGAUCUAAACCCUUUGUGGGGUGGAGUACUUUACUUUGGGGGUAAUCUUGAUAGACUCACCUAUGUGAAUGUGGGAGUUGGGCCGCUCCCUAUGGAACUUUGGAGGCACAAAGUUGCUAGAGCGUUCACUAAACCAGGGUAACGUGCAUGGCCAUAAACGCACGGGCUAUGAAGAGAACACAACUCAAUGAAAAGAUCCGGUGUGCUGCACUGUCUGAGAUAGGGUUCAAGACUACGAGUCACCCUUAUGAAAUCGGAAGUGUAACCACUACGCUAAGGUUCAAAUCUUCACGAUACCUUAGCUUAUGCCCGAUCUUAUGGAACUGUUGAUGCUCAGAGAUAGUUUCAAAACUAUUCAAGUGGGGGAUUGUUGGAAAUGUAUAUGAAUAGCUUUGAAAGCUAUAGAGUCUCUAGUGGAAAAACUACCACAUUGGUAGUUUUACUUGGUGAAAUGUGUAUAAAGAUAGGAGCCUCUCUCCUAAGGGCAUGCCCCUUGGGGUGACCCACUUUUGUGGGAGAGGGAGGACCUAAUGGACCACCACACACACGCGCGCGCGCGCCGUCCGUCCUUCCGACCGGCCGGUCGGUUGGUUCACUUGAGACUAUAUAUAUAUAUAUAUAUAUAUAUAUAUUUUUGGAGAAAUUCCGAACGAAAGUAAUUAUCUAAUAAUAAUUAAUUAUUAAUCGGUUAUUCUGAGGAAUAUUCUAAGGAUAAUCGACUAAAACGGAAUAUUCUAAGGAUAAUCCCUACGGGUUUAUCUUAACCGACGGUUUUAAUUAAGGAAGUAAUUAUCUUCCUUAAUUAAUCCGACUUAUUCCCCAAGCAAAAGGGUAUAUUCCUAGGGGUUCGGCUCCUAUAAAUAGCCGCCUCCCCAGCCCCUCUAAACAUCAUCACAACGAGCAGAAACACAAUAGAGAGAGUGUUUAGAGAGCUUCGGUUUUCGCACAAAACCGGGAGUAUUGAGAGGAGCUGUUUUAUCCUGGAGACGACCGGUUGAUAGUCUGCCGUGCGCAUCGAAGGCAGUGUCGCGAACGUCUUAAAGAGAGCGACCUAGUCCGCGACUCAGCUCCAGAUUCGGUAACCUCGUUCCUUUUGUUGUUCUGUUCCUAACAACCGUGGGUGAAGAGGGUCGGGUUCUGACCCUUCGAUGUUGCUGGUAACCUGGACUUCGUUGGUUGCGUACUCGUCUUCCUAAGAACUGGGUUUUGAUACCAACUGUCAUGGUGAUGUGACGUGGGGAUGACGUUUUUAGUACUCGAACAUAAUAAAAGACUAAAGCAAAAAUUCUCAAAGGAAAUAACAAAGAAAAUAACGAAUAAAAGAACAAAAGCUAAAUAUUUGGGUUCCAAUAUUCGUAUGCAUUAAUCCAGAGAAUGAUUACAUAUUUAUAGGCUAGGCUAUCCUGCAAUCCCUUCUCCUUUUCCUACUAGGUCGGCGCCUUUUUUUCCCUUUCCUAACCAAAAUAUGAAACCUAUUCUACAAAGAAACAAAUAUCAAAUCCUAAACACAUACGUACUAAAAAUCUUAAUCCAACGCAAACAAGUAAACAUAAAUAAAUAAUACCAAAAGUACCAAAAUAAUAUUUGAGUACAAACUAAUAAUAAAAAUACUAAAGAUAC